CUUAAUGCAUCUGCCUCUUUUCUUACCCGGUUAGUGAGGGUACUUUAUUGGCGUAUUGUAUGUUAUGUAAUAUUGUUUGAAAGUUUUUCAGCAAACCAUUGUGCGGUAACGUUAUGGUAGCACUAUUUAUUGCCUAAAAAAUCGAAUUUCUUUACAAUCGACUACCAUAUUUGAAGCGUAUAACUGUUUCUCUGUUGAUAAUGUAGCAGCUUAUUAAGAUGAUGCUCCACGUUUUAGUUCUCUCGCUAUUCCUGCAUCUAAUAGCAGCAAUAACUUCCCAGUAUGCGCCGCCUCCCCCGUUCCCAUUCUACCAUCAAGGACAGCCGCAGAUGCAAUCCAUGCCCAUGAUGCAGAUGCCAGGAGGACCGCCAGGCAUGCCACCCGGCAUGCCGCCUGGUAUGCCGCCCGGCAUGCCACCUGGUAUGCCGAUGCCCAACGGCGCCCAGAUGAUGCAGAUGGCUAACAUGAUGCCGCCCAUGAUGCCGCAUAUGCCGCGCCUGCCGGGGAUGCCCCCGCCGAUGCCACCACCGAUGCAUCUGCCUAUGAAUGGCGGCAGACUGCCGAUGGUGGUCAUGCCUCACUAUUCCAAAAAAGCGGAUAAAAAACCUCGGAAGAAGUCGAGAAAGAAUAAACGCAAACGCAUCAAAAUGGAUUCUUCAUCCAGCGAAGAUUCAUGCUCAGAGAGCGUCGAGUUCCGCUCGAGAAAUAACUUGAAGCCGUCAAAGAAGAGAAGAGAGGUUCUCACCCCUGUCGUCUCGUACGUGACAAAAGACGGGUAUGUGGUGUACCAGAAGAAGAUAAAGAAGGACAAGGCCAAAGACUGGCUGGAGCUGACGAAGGGCGAAAGUGCAGAGUUAAAGGAUAAAGUUAAGGUAAAGAAACGUGAAGAAUGAUAGAUGAUAUUGUUUUUGUAUGUUUUUGUUACUGUACAUUUUAAUUGAAACAUGAUUAUUAAAUGAAACUUUUAAGGACUAACUGUCUCAUUUGCUUUCGUGUACUACCUACUCACUUUUGUCAUUUUCUGAACAUUUGAA